AUGCUGUUUCUCUCCACAGCGGCCGCGGUCCCUCCGCUGGCCGGCUACACGCCCGCCACUCUCCUCUCGGUCCCCAAGACCUCCGCUGACUUCAGCUGCACAUUUCGACAUGCGCGGCUGUGCGAGUCCGCCUCCCUUCGCAAGGCGGCCGGAGAGAGCAUCGAGCACCUGCUGCUCAAGGCUCUGGUGUGGGCGCUAUACCUGCCCGCGCACCCCUCCGCCGUCUGCGAGCCCGGCCCGCUUUCGCGACUCGACGUGUACGGCGGCGGCCUCCCCUUCCACCCUGAUGUGGUCGCGCUGACGCCGAGCGGCGAGCCUACCUGGUGGGCAGAGUGCGGGUCGGUGAGCGCGCGCAAGCUCGAGGCGCUCAGCAGGGCUCACCCGCGCAGCCGCUUCACCAUCGCAAAGUGGGGGAGGUCUGACCUGCGUGGGUAUGCUGCGCAGCUGCGCGCGUCGCUGCCUGCCGACGCUGCCGGACGCUUCGAGGUGAUCAGCUGGCCGGCCGACGCGCCGGAGCGCUGCAUCGACCAGGACGGCGCCGUGCAUGUAUCGUUCGACGACCUACUGGACCGGGAAGUUCUAUAG